GAAAGGCAGACGGCGAUUUUUUUUUUUUACUUUUUACAUUAAUGCCAUUAACUUACUGCAUAUAAUAAUUUCGUAAAGUAAGGGACGCAGAUUGCGGAUCGCGUCACGGUCCAACACAUGGAACGCUUUGUUCGCAUCCUUCCGCUUUUUGUUUCGCUUGUUUUGUCGCAGCCGAGCGGCGCGCUGCUGCAUGAUCUGCAGCAGUGUCGCGCGGCUCUGGACACGCCGCCGGUGACGGUGGAGGAGCAGCGGGACACGGCGGACGGGGGCUGGUCCUCAGGCUCUGGUUUCAGGAGCAGCGAUGAGGGGCCCUGCACUGUGGACAUCUGGGACACGUCCCUGACUUACGCGCAGUUCCUCCGAGAGUACGCCUACAGCAAGCCGGUCAUCCUCAGGGGCUGCUCCGACAACAAGGAGUUCCGACACCUGUGCUCCAAACAGCGCUUGCUGCAGGAGUACGGCGAGCGGCUGGUGAGGCUGAGCACGGCCAACACCUAUUCUUACCGCAAAGUGGACAUUCCCUUCCAGGAAUAAGUGGAACACCUUCUGAAGCCCCAAGCUGCCAGCGCUCUGGGAAGUGACACCCUGUACUUCUUUGGCGACAACAACUUCACGGAGUGGCACUCACUGUUCAAGAAAUACAGUGCUCCAUGCUACAUCCUGCCACGCACCACCGGGGCAUACAGCUUCGGCAUCGCAGGACCUGGAACCGGAGUCCCUUUCCACUGGCACGGGCCUGGCUACUCUGAAGUCAUCUACGGCAGGAAGCGAUGGUUCCUGUACCCACCCGAUAAAAAACCACACUUCCACCCCAACCGCACCACGCUGUCCUGGGUCACAGACGCGUACCCCACGCUGCCUGCUGAAGACAAGCCAAUUGAGUGCACCAUCAGGCCUGGGGAGGUGCUGUACUUCCCUGAUCGCUGGUGGCACGCCACUCUGAAUCUCGACACCAGCGUGUUCAUCUCGACCUUCCUGGGCUGAGGGCAGCUAAAGAUUUAACGUGACCGCAAAUAAAGCUUUAAGUGGACUAACAUUUCAUGUGGCAAAAAGGCCU